UGCUCCAAUCCGAUUAAAUGUUCAAGUCGUGCUUUAGGACGCUCGCACUAAUAUUUGAAUUGUUCGACAGUAUAAUAAUUCGAUAGGUUUUUUGGAAUCGUUUAUUGUACGCACAUUAUAGUUUACAAGAAUUUCUUUCUUUUUUGCAAUCGAUAUACUUGUUCCAUGAAUGAUAUCGUUAAAGCGAAUUGAUAAUUGAACGUUAUUUUUUAACAGCUUGACGAGCGUCGUAUUAAAGCAUGGCGGUUGUGUUUAAAUACAACGGUCGAAAGUAACGAAUUUUACGUAUGUGUGUAGUGCUAAAGAAUCUAUAAACUUUUUGUGACAUUUUAUCAAAAACAGAGAUAUAUAUAUAUAUAUAAGAAAUAAGUUAUUACAAGUGCCAGUACUACAUUUCGGUAGUUUGAAAAUUGUUAUACGUUUAUCCUUAAAGUAACGAAAAAUCACGAACAAUGGAUCCAUGGAUUCAACGAAUGUUGGAACGUGCUAAGGCAAGAGGGGAAAAAUUAAAUAUGCAAUUGUCUAAUGCUGGGCAUGACGUUAGAAGACGACGAAGUCCAUUAAAAGAUGCUAAUGCAAUUUUAGCACAAGCAGCAGUAAGCAAAAACAAAAGCCCAGCAAAAUCGCCAAUAAAAUUAACAACAGAAGAAUCUCCUAAAAAAGCUGUAAAAAAAUAUAGUCCUUCAAAAACGAUAGUUGAAGAAGAAACUAAAGAGAUUGGUAAAGAGAAUGGUAAUGUAGGUAUAAGCAAUGUCAAGUCAAAGCUACAAAGGCUGGGAAAGCUAUAUUCUGAAGAUACUAGCCGUGAAUUAAGUUCACCUAUUCAUAGAACAGAAGAAAAAUUUUAUACUGAAGAGGAUCAAAUAGGAUUGAAAUCGGCAAAGAAAGGUGCCAGGCUUGAUAGAUUGGCAGCUCUUGCUUCAACAAUUAAUAAUUGGGAAGAUGAUUUAUCACAUCCAACUUUUACAAAAACAACGCCCACUAAGGCAGAACAAAUACAAGCUAAAUUUAAUGACAAAGUGAAGAAUACGACAGAACCACAACCAAGUACAAGUGGAUGCAGUAAAUGGAAUAGUGCUAGUAAUUCCGAAGCUAGUUCAAGCAGGCAAUUUAAGUGGGAUAAAACUAUGCUACAGAGCUUAGAGGCUCAAGGCUUUAGUCGUACAAAAAGCAAUUGUCGUCUAGUGUAUGACUUUAAGAGUUGUUCUCAGGAAACAGGAGCAGGCCCAUCAAGUUCCCCAUCUAAAAAAGAUACAAAUUCCGUGCAAAAACAAGAAGACAAGCAUACAUCGAACUCGAAACUUAACGUAGUAAUAGAGGGCAAGAUGACAGACGAUGAGAAUGUGCAUAAAAGUACAAAUAGGACAAUUAAGGAUGCUGAAAAUGCGAACUCAAAUACAUCAGAAAAAACAGUAAGGACUACAAAUACCAAUACAAACAAUUCUAGAGUAACACCUAGAUUUGGUUUUAAUGGUUCACCGAAGAGUCCACUACCUGGUUCAUCACCUGGUUCUGUGUUGAGUAAAGCUUCCAUGUUUGAAUCGCGGAAUAAUGAUGUUAAGACAAAAGAUCCAGCUCAAAUGAGCCUAUCUGAAAGAAAAGCUCUUUUCGAAAAAAAUAAGGAUGAAGCUCCUUUAAUUCCAAAAGCACCACUUACCAUGUCUAUACCACCUAGUAAAUUACAUGAAAAGGAGACGUCUAAUUCACCAUCCGGACAUGGGACAGAUAUGCCUGCAAUCAAUCGUAAAGCUGAAAGUUCUAAUCGAGUCAUUGCUCAGCGUGCUAUAUUUGAACAUGGUCACACUCAAGAAUUAGAAAAUAAUAUAUUACGUUCUGCUCAAAUUGAAAGACAACGAGAAUUAGAUAUGUUACGUUCACGUUUCAAUACGAAUAAAGAAAUAGCGCAAGUCGCAGCUGGUUCUUGCAUUAGAACAAGCGAAAGUAGUGAAGGAAAAUCGAAUUCACCGAAGAAUUCUCCAAUUUGUUCUGUCAAACCUACACCAGCACUGGAUAAUGUUAUCCCGCAUGCGCCACCACCACCACCACCGCCGCUUCCACAGUCAACAAAAAAUUUGAUCGGAAAACAUAAUUCAGAGCAAGAAAAAUCAUCGCCAGUUAAACGACAUGGCAAUUUACCAAGAAUACAACAAAUUGUGACAUUAUCAGAUGCUAAGCGUAUACGUGUGUGUCCUCCGAAAUCUGGAUGCCUAUAUCCUAAUCUUUCAGAAAUUGAAAAUAACACAGGAACGGAUACAGAGUACACCGUUGAUAGUACAGAACCAGCAACUGUUACUGUGGAAGAAAACACUACUGAGAGUGAAUCAAUUACAGAAGCUGAAUAUUACGUUCAAGACAACGAAACCGAAUUAGAUAGCGAAGAAGAAGAAGUUGAAGAUGUAAACACUAGUUUAGGAAGAAGCAUUUUGCGUGAAGUGAAUCAACAGAUUAUGAGGAACAAAAAGAGAUCGAUCGAACCCGAUCCAGAUAGUACUACAUCCGAUAUAUCUGUAUUAGAUGAAAUGGAUGAAUAUUUGGACGAAUGUCUUGCAGUACAAGAGAGAAAUGUUAAAAAUUUUUAUCAGGAUGGACCAACACCCCCUAAAAUAAAUAGAGGUGGAAAAAGUCCAUCAUCUUCUUCUACAAGUUUUAAAUACACUCAUGGAUCACAAUUUCGUUCUCCCAUCAAAUUCGUGACUCCAGAUAAGAGUGAAGAACCAUGUAUUGUAGAAGGUGAUAAUCAUACUCCCUUAAUGCAUACUGUCAGCUUUUACAGACGUCAACAAUCAGAAUUGCGAACACCGAAAGGUACCCCUUCUCGUUCGGUAACAAAAAUUAUAGACACUGUUUCUGAUAUUACGGAGCCUGUAAAAGAUGAAACGAUGUUAGUGCAAGAAAAGGUGAAGCAUUUAUUAGACGAAGUCUGCAAGCAGCAAACGAUCAUUGGUCAAGCUAGUCAAGCUUUAAAUUUAUGUAGUUCUACAAUUGAAUUUAAUGGUUCACAAGAGCAAGUCGAAGGAGAAAGACUUCUACUUAUUGCUAUUCAUAGGAGACAAGCCGCUCUAAAUGAGGUUCAAAGAUUAAAAGUUGAAGGUACAUUGAGACCUGCUGUACCAGGUUCACCAGAAAUAGAAGAUACUGGAUCACUUACAGUAUCAGCCAUUACAUUACCAUUGAGACGCGAAUAUUUACGAAGUAUUGCUACAAAUACGUGCCUUCAUUUUGUCUGUUUGAUACGUUAUUUGGAGGAAGUAUUAACUACACCAGUGGUUCUUGCUGAAUCAGGCGAUUCUUGUCUACGCUUUCCUUCGACCUUAAAAUUACAAAAUUUAUACAGUGAUUUUAAAAUCACCGUCGAAAUUUAUUCUCUUCAAACUCAAGCUGAAAUGCUUCCCCACGAAGUUAAAUAUCACAUUCAUAACAAUGGUGGUGGAUGGAAUUCUGGUAAUAGUAGCAAAGAUAACAAAAAGCACACAUCUAAAACGCCUAAGAAAUGUUCAAAAAUCGAAAAUCGCUUGGUAAUGCCAAAUGUUCAAAGUCCAGCAGGGCCUUCAGCAGUUCGAUCUACUGCUUUUCAUUUAUCUGGUUAUGUUGUUUUUAGUCUCAAAGAAAUACACCGUCAACAAUUCACUUUAAAUAAGGUUCCACAGCAAUCCCCGCUAGAAGGUCGAUUGCAAAUGCAUGUGUCUUGUGAGCCCUCAAUAACGGUGGAAUAUCAUAAUUUCCUUACAAUAUUUGAAUAUGUUUCUGGUUUUGGCAUCUGGCAAAGAAGGUGGUGUCUCCUCAAAGGAACUACAUUAUCAUAUUAUAAAUAUCCUUAUCAUGAGGGCAAGAAAACUCCUUUAGGAAGUCUUGAUUUACGUGGUAUUUCUACAAAAAAUGUAGAAUUAGCACCUCUGAGCAUUUGCAUGCGUGCCAAUACAGUUUUACUUGAAACAAAAAGAGGAGCACAAACAGGUGAUGUCGAUAGUCUUAUCAUGGUAACAAAUGGAUCUGAAACAACCAUUAGACAUCUUUUCUCAGCUGAUACAAAAGAAGAUAGGCUAGAAUGGUGUUCAAAGCUUAACAAGGUAUUACAUUUAAUACGAAUCUGGGGCAAUACCUCAUGAAUAUAAUAUCAUAGAGUAAUGAAUAUGUUACAUUGCAACGUAUUAGAGUAUAUACUUUUAGUAAAUAUUAGUAAAAUAUAAUUUAGGCUUAUUUAAUGCGCGUAUGCAUUUUUAAAUAAUGCAAUAAAUAUUUAAAUUCUAUUAUAUUUGUUACAGAAUAGUAAUUUUUUUCGUCGUAGAAUAUAAUAGUGAAUAUGAAAAUAUUUCUCUUAAAUCUCAAAUAAUGAGAUGCGGUAUAUAUAAUUUAAACCGCGAAAUAAUGUACAAUUUGAACAUGAUUUAACGUAUGUCUAAACAAAUUCGAUUGUUUAAUUACUUGGAUAAAUUAUGUUGCUGGUGUUUGAAAGUAUUACAAUAUGUAAUGUUCAUUUCUUAUACAUACGGAAAAAGUCAAUCCAUGAAACAUAAAUAAAAACCAUAACGAGUUCUUAUCGCAAAGAAAAAUCAUUGAUAAAAUCAUACAAUGUAUAUUCAUAUGAUCUUUUAACGAGAGAAUAUGUUACGUUGAAAAAAUAUAUAUGUUGUUUUUAUUAAAAAAAAAAAAAAUAAUAUAUUAAUAUUUUUCAAUUAGAAUUCCUUUGGUAUCCUAUAUAAAUAUUAUCGUAGUAGAAUUUUAUUUUUCUUUGCAUUAAGAAUUACUCUGUUAUAUUUUAUAAUUUCUCGUUUUCAUUUUUUUUAUGCGAGUUGCAUUUUUGACUUUAUUUGUAUCAUUUAAAUGUAACAUUACAUGUGUAUACUAUAUGCACGCCAUUAUUUUUCUACAAAUGCUUAAGCAGACUAAAAAUUGAAUCGACAAACUUAAUUUCGAAAAACGUUGUGUCAUGCUCAAUUAUACGUUUCUUUUUUUUAAUAUUCAGACAAGAGUAAUAAAAAUGUUUUAUUGUAACGACGUAUUACUAACAUUUUGUAAAUAGUCGAAUUAUGAUGAAUUAAUGCGGUGUAGUGAUCGACUAAUAUAUAUAUAUAUAUAUAUAUAUAUAUAUAUAUAUAUCCUCACACACACACACACACACAUAUAUAUAUAUAUAUAUAUAUAUAUAUAUGAAUUUGAAUAUAUAUUCAUAAAUAUUUACAUACUUAUAUUUUUACAUAUCUUCACAAAUUUUUGUACCUUCGCCUUAUAUGUAUACAGAUUUUUUAAUAUAAGAUAUAAAGAUAUUUCUUUAUAUGUACGAACAAGUUCAUACUCGUUUUUGUUUUCUUUUUAACAGACCAAUUAAACAUAUUGCUCUUAUGAAUUCUUCAUGUAUAGUAAAAAAUUUCGAUCCGUUAUAUAAGCAGUAAAAUUGAUUUGGAUUUUGUUAAAAAAAAAAAAAAUCAUUUCUCGCUUUUGGAUAUGUUUAGGAAGGACAUUGCAAUAUAAAUAAAGAUUCAAUUCCACAUACAAGUUUAUAUGCAUAUGCUGCAUUAUUAUUACAGAUACAAAUAGGUACAUAUGUAAAAAAGGAAGGAGAAAAGUGUGUCUUAUAAUGUGAUAUUUGCGACGCUAAAAUGAACACUACGCCGUCGUCUCGCUGAGUUUGCUUAGAACGAACUCUUCGAUGUCUCUCGUUCAAAGUGUUUGUUGGCAGUUUAUAAGUGUUACAUCAUGUACCGUAUCUGCGGAACGAGCACGUUUUUCGCGGGUAGCACGUGAGAGCAUAAGAUCGUAGAACAUUUGUAUACUUUGCUCCACGCGAUACAUCUCGAUAUCUUUCAAGGAAAAUUAUUUCCGAAUUGAAUCACUAGAAAUUGUGAAUUUUUUUUUCUUUUUUUCUUUUCUUCGUACAAAUAUAUACGUAUUAAAAAAAAAAAAAAAAAAAAAAA